AUGCCGGAUUUCGCCUCCCCACCGCCAGCCUGCAAGGUUGCAGAGCUGGGCUUCCCAGCCCCCCACGUCAUGCUCGUCACCAUCAACCGUCAACGAGCCAUGAACUCGAUCACCAUGGACGGCCACUGGGAGGGUAGGGCCAUAUGGGACUGGUACGACGACGAGCCCUCGCUCAGGGUCGCCGUCCUGACGGGGAGGGGGGACAAAGCCUUCUCUGCGGGCGCCGAUCUGUUAGAGGUGAGAACCAUCAGGGCGGACGGCGACGGCAGCCAGAUCCGACCGAUGCCGCCCAGCGGCUUCUUUGGCGUCAGUCGCCGUACGGGGAAGAAGCCCAUCAUUGCUGCGGUGAAUGGGUACGCCUUUGGCGGAGGCUUCGAAAUUGUCCUCAACUGUGACCUCGUCGUGGCAUCGCCGUCUGCAACAUUCAGCCUCCCCGAGUCAACCAGAGGCCUGUAUGCCGCAGCGGGCGGUCUGCCUCGGCUCGUCAGGAGUUUCGGCAUGCACACGGCCAGCGAGAUCGCCAUGACGGGUCGCAUCCUGUCGGCCCAAGAGAUGGAGCGCCACGGGCUCGCGCGAGUGGCCAAGUCUCCCGACACGCUCAUCGAUGAGGCGUUCGAGCUGGCUUCUAGUAUCGUGGCGCAGUCGCCCGACGCCAUCAUCGUCACGCGCGCCGGCCUGCGCCAGGCCUGGGAGACGGGAAGCGUCGAGAGGGCCUUCCAGCUGGUGGAUGAGCGCUACGGGAAGGGACUGUUUGAGGGAGAUAAUCUCAAGAUUGGCCUGUCGGCUUUUGCAGAGAAGAAGAAGCCUGAAUGGGUGCCGUCGAAACUCUGA